UACAAUCGAUCUGCGGCGGGACGAAGAACUAGGUCGCCUGAAGAUAGAGCGGUGAUCGCAAUCCCGCUCGAGCAUCCGGAUCUUAACAGUCCAAGAGAAGGCGCUGGUGCUGGUGGAGAGUACCCGCUGUUGACGCUUCCGGAACAGAGGCAGAACCGACAUUCUGGGUCUACGAGGGCGAGUCUGCAGGUUGAGAGGAGUGGAAGUUCAGCCGAGACAAGCAAUCGCAUUUCGUUGCCUCGAAGUGUGAGCAUUGAUAUUUCGCGGAGGAAAAGUGGUGAAGUCUCGCCCGUCUCGCCGGUAACACCGAUUCUCGAUAAAGGGAAGGGGCGAGCUGUCGAGGACGAGGAAGGAGCGGAACAGUCACCAAAGAAAGUCACAGGUUCAGGAAAGAGAGGACAAAGUGCUUCUGGGAUCAUACAACCACAAUCAGGUCUUACAUUUGAUAAGGGAAAAGGCAAAGCAAACAUGUCCACCGAUAUCGAACGAGGCCCCGAUGCACAAUACCACCCAGGCGGAACAUCAGAAUUACCGCAUAAUGGCUCCCAAAUAUCUCUCGACGCUGGCAUCGGUGCAGCAUUAUCAUCAAACAACACCUCCAUUAUAGGCUCCGACGGCCCACCUCCCAACCCAGCGGAAGAAUGGGGACCCCAACAUCCAUGUUUCCCACACAUGAACCCUCACGUUCCCCUCUCCUCGCCUCUCUACCAAACAACACGCAUAAUCCGCAUCCGCCGCGACUGGAUGAUUGAAGGUGACCUGGCGCCUACCUUCUCGAACCUCUACCCCGAGAUCCUCGACCCCGCCGGUGUCUCGGAAGCUGAUUUCCGGACGCUGGUGGAAAAAGUCAAUAACGAGUUAAUACCAGCCUUCAACCCUUGGGGCGUAAGGAACGUCAUUGAUGCAUUUCUGGGGCUAGUGACAGGGUAUAUCUGGGAUGAUUUGGGGUUUACCGCUGUGAAAGGACGGUUGAGGAAAGUGGAGCAAUAUUUGGAGGACUGGAAUAGGGAGAUGGAGAGCAGGAGUAAGGAGGGUCCUGGCAGUGCACCGAAGAUUCUCGACAUCCAAGUUCCCGACCCAGAAAUCUCCUACCCCUCCUCUCUCCCCGAAGACCAAAACAAAGAACAGAAUCAAAACCAA